AUGUCAUUCGACCGUCCCGAGUCUAAUAAACAGAUAGUAAUCUCAUCCAACUUCCAAGCGUCGUUCUGCUCCUGUUUGAUUCAGCUCCCUAAUUCUUCUUUGUUCGAUACACAGUCAUCCCAGCAUCCGUGUCAUAUAAUAACCUUCGCGGGACUCUGUGCUCUCUGUGUGAGUGUCAGAGAUCAGUUUCCCGUGUCAUACGGAGGGCUGACCGCGAGUGACGUCACGUGUGGCCACAGUGACAGUGACAGUGCCAUGAGCCGGCCACCGGUGGCAGUCGGUGGGACCUGCGUGCCGGACGCCGAGCCCGACUCAGCGUACGGACCCCAGCAUCACCGGCCGCCCAGGAGGAUACUGUACGGUAAACAACUGGAGAGAUGA